AUGCCCUUAGACUCAGAACCCGCCAUCUCGAGCCAUUCUGCUCCGGAGCAGCCGCUGGCGGACAGACUCCCUCCCGACAUCAUUGUCUCCGACGAACAGACCCCGCUGCUGAAACGCGAUAGCGCGGUCAUGGCGAAUAGGACGUCAGCUGGUAUUCCGACGCCUAUCAACCCCUCCUCGUCUUCGUUACACAAUGCCGUUCCCGCACCCAAUGCUUCCGAAUCGCGACGCCGUCGUGUACCACAGGCUAUCGCCCAUCGCGGCUUCAAGGCCGUGGCCCCCGAGAACACGAUGUUGGCAUUUCGCACGGCUGUUGAGGCUGGUGCUCAUGCUAUAGAAACGGAUUUACACCUUUCGCGGGACGGAGUGGUUGUACUCUCGCAUGAUCCUAUGCUGAAGCGGUGCUUUGGCCAGGACUCGAGGGUUCGCGAUCAUGAUUGGAGUUAUUUGAGUACGCUGCGGACGGUGAGAGAGCCCCCGCAGCCGAUGCCUAGGUUGUUGGAUCUCCUGGAGUAUUUGAAUGAGCCUGGGUUGGAAGAUAUUUGGGUUAUGUUGGAUAUUAAGACGGACGAUGAUGCUACGGAGCUCAUGCGGCGGAUAGCGGAUACAAUCGUUUUGGUACCAGCGAGACGAGCGUGGCACGAAAGGUUGAUGAUAUGUUGUUGGACUACUAAAUACGUCAAACUGAGCAUGGAAUACUUACCCGAAUUUCCAAUCACAAACAUCGGUAUCUCAACAACAUACACGCGGGCGCUGGCACGCCAUGUACCCAACCUAUCCCUAAGCAUGCUGAGCUUCACACUAGCCAUGCCUAUCCUAGGCCGGCUCUUCAUACGGGAUAUGAGGCGCAUGGGGCGCUCAAUUUACACGUGGACAGUCUUCGAAGAUGAGCGAUGGAUGGAGUGGUUCGUGAGGCAGGAACUCGACGGCGUCAUCACGGACGAUCCUAAAUUGUUCCUAGAGAUCUGCGACCGCGUUUCCGCUAGCGAUGCAGGGCAAAAAGAGGUAGCGGGAGCAGGAGGGAAGAGGAAGUCGAAAGCCCCGUUGUCUCUUGCUGGAAUCGUGCGUGAUCUGAUGUUGUGGAUUAGAUACCUAGGCUUUGUGCUCACUGCUAUGGUUAUAUACUUCCUCAGAUUCGGAUUCCCGGAGACGCAGGUCAGGAAGAUGUUGGGGAAAUAA